AAUAGAUUUUCCUUUAAAACAAUAAUUUCGUUCACUUCUCUAUCUCCAUCUUAUCCUAGUAAAUACUGUAAUACAAGCAAUAACACUAAAUACUGUAACUCUCACAAAACGCUUUUCAUCCAACAAAUUUCUAUCAAUAUUUAUGCACAGCUACGAGUAGUGAAUUUAUAGUAUGCUAGAACAAAGGGAAGUGUUGUCAAACAAUAGAGAAUGAAAUAAACUCUGAUAACAGUUUGGUUGGUAAACGUUCUCAACAGAAGUUGGAUUAUGCUGUCAUUCAUUGAAAAUCCAACCAACUAGAAAAAAAAUCAAAGCAUAUAAAGACGUACUUUACUAUUGACAUGGCUUAAAACAUCUAUAAGCGCCACAAAAAGUUGAAUUGAGCCGUUAGUUGGAUAAUAAUUGUUGAACGGAACUUGGAACAAACAGAAAACACAUAAAAAUGCAUUCAGUCCAGACAGAUACUUAUCUACAGUCAGCUGAUGAGAAUCACACAGCUCAGUCGAAAUUACUGACUAACCAGGAGCAUAACACCAAUAAUAUUUCAUCUGAUCCUAAGAAUAACAACAAUACUGAUCAUAAUCAUAAUAAUGACUUUAUCAGAUCAAUGGAAGAGGCUGAUAAGUGUAGCCUAUCCGUUGGUCUAGUGAAACAAGUGGAUUCUGAUGACACGGAUUUGAUGACAAACGUACCUCAGAAAAGAAACUGGAAAGGAAUUCUGCUCGCUCUACUCGUCAUUGUAUUUAUAUCUUCACUUAUUCUUACUGCAAGCAUUUUAACAACACCAAAGGAGAAGAAGAUUGACUAUGGAUUACCACUCACUUUUUCUGAUCUUAUACAAGUCAAUAAAUUGGUGGACAUAUUUGUCAGUCAGAAAAUAAAUGAUUAUCUCAUCUAUUUGACUGAAAACCAUGAUAUAAUGUUGCUUGAUUCACGAACGCUUGAAGAAAAACUUCUUUUAUCCAAUCUCACUAUAAUGGAGAAAAGCACAUUCGCAGGUAUUUUCUCAGUAGCACAGGAUUUAUCUGCUAUUGUUUUGGCCUAUGAUUUGAAGGAUCGUAGUCGUCACAGUGGAAAAUCGAAGUAUGACAUCUUGCGUCUAAAAUGGUCGGAAAAUGGAACUUCCGUUGAACAGAGAAUUGAAGUUGGUAUUAUUGAUAAAGCAAUUGAACAACCGUAUUUAAAUCUUAUCAAAUGGUCACCCAAAUGUGAUCGGCUAGCUUUUGUUUAUCGGAAAAAUGUCUACUUACUCUUAAAUCCAUUUGAUGCCAGCAAAAAGAAACUUGUAAAUGUUACACAUUCCCUUCCACAAAGUGAUUUUUUGUACGGAGUAUCAACAUGGCUAUACGAAGAAGAAGUUUUAGAUACUAAUGAAGCGCUCUGGUGGAGUAAAAGUGGAAAAUAUUUAGUAAUAACUGGCUUCGAUCAAACAAAUGUUAGUACUUACGAAAUACUGAAAUUUGAUGGUGAACAUGAAUUUGAAAAUAACAAUGUUAAGGUUAAAUAUCCAAUGGCUGGUGAAACAUCAUUGUAUAAUAAUCCAGUGGUCGCCUUGUACUUAUACGAUAGUGAUUCACAAACCUUGGAAAUAAUUCCUCGACCAGAACCGGUUCCUCAAGAUGGACUAAUGGUGCUUGCUCGCUGGAUGGAUGAUGAUAUUUUUAUACAUGCAUGGACUAAUCGUAUUCAAAACCGUGGAUGGAUAUGUGUGUUUAGUCGAUCGUUGAAUGAAAGUUGGGUUCUAUUUAAGACUGGUUACAAAAACGGAUGGGUGAAUUUGAUGAAACAAACUCGUACAGAACCGUUAAUUAAUCAAGAACAACGAGAAAUGUUAAUUGUGCUUCCAAGAGAUUAUUCAGAAAAAGCGUACAGAGGUAUAGCUAAGCUGAAAAUUCCUACAAAACCCGAAGCUCCACAGACUCCUAAAUGGAUGGUUAUGCCAGAAUUUGAUGUGAAGGAUAUAUUAUACUAUGAUGGCGUUGAUGAAAUCAUCUUCAUAGGAACUGGUCCAGACCCAAAAAAUGCUCAUAUUUAUUGGACUUCAUUAUCAAGAAAGAAUAUGUCCUGCCUUACUUGUGAUAAUGUGAAUUACACUUACAAUUUGGGAGAGGUGUUUCCGAAUGGGAAGUAUUUCAUACAAGAUGUUAAAGGUUCGAGCGUACCAAAAACAAUGUUGAAAAGAAUUGAUCGAAACUCAUCUGGGACAGAUAAUUUCACAGUAUCUUCAACAUUCAUUAAAUACUUUGUAAAUAAUGCUGAGUUUGAGGCAUUCGUUAAUUCACGUGCACUGCCACGUAUUACAUAUACAAAGUUGACAUUACGUCAAGGUACAAGGCAUCAAAUUGAUGUGGAAGCUAAAUUAUAUCUUCCACCUGAACUGGAUCCAGCCCAUAUUACUCAAUAUCCUCUAUUAUUAUAUACCUAUGGCGGUCCAACAAAUCAGGUUGUCAGUACGAAGUUUAUUAUGGAUUGGAUAACAUAUAUAUCAGCGACGGCGAAAGUCAUUGUUGCCCUGGUUGAUGGUCGAGGUACAGGCGGUCGGGGAAGAGUUUUUGAGCAUUCCAUUUAUAAGAAACUUGGUGUAGUUGAAAUUGAAGAUCAGUUAGAUAGUGUUAGAGCCUUAAUUCGACGCUUCCAUUAUAUAAAUGAAAGUCAGGUUGGAGCUUAUGGAUGGUCAUAUGGUGGGUUUACAGUUGGUCAUUUACUCACCAGACCUGAAAAUGAAUGGAUUCGUUGUGGCAUUUCAGUAGCUCCAGUCACCGAUUUCAGAUAUUACUCUACUGUGUACACCGAAAGAUAUUUGGGAAGAUUUAUUGAUGAACCUGAUGCUUAUGCACGCACAGCAAUUAGAAAUGUUAAGAAUUUGGCUUCCAAAGGAUACUUACUAGUUCAUGGUACUGCUGAUGAUAAUGUUCAUUUGAUCAAUACAGCAAGAUUGACAAAAGAGUUGAUUGCUGCAAGUGUAGAUGUUGAUUUGAUGAUUUAUCCAGAUGACAAUCAUUUUCUUUCGAAAGGUAGAAAUCUUGAACAUUUAUAUCGUAAAAUGACAAUAUUCCUAUUGGAUUGCUACAACAAAACAUCGGUCAAAUAUUCUUUAGACUUAUCAGUGAAAGAUGAUCUUUGAUUAUUUUUGUGUUUUUUCUUUGUUCUUCUAAAUAAUCAAAUCAAAUUCAGCCAGUUAUUGGGACAAGAUGUUCAUUUUAACCUUAUUUUUCAUUUUUAUUUUCUUGUUUAGUAAAAUUGUAUAAAUACUUAUUUGUCAUAGUAAGCAUGACCAAAAUGAUGGUGAACAAAAUCACAUAUAUGUAGCUGACAGUGAUAUAAUUAAUUAUCUCUUUUUUCAAGGCAGUCACGUAAUUAUUUCUCUGGCUUAAUCCUUCUCGCCUGCAUCAAAGUAACCAGAAAAUGACUAAUUGAACAUUGUAUUUAAUCACCAAUUAUUAGAAGUUUAUUUAACCUUUCUACUAAUUACUUACAGAACUACACAGUAUUUGUGACAUAUCCUACAUCAUCUUUAUUAAUGUUUGUUAUUCUUUUGCAUAUGUGAUGGAUUGUUAUGUUAAGCAUAAAAGUUUUCAUUCUCUCCUUCAUAUCCUUCUUACUUUUGCUAACCCUUCCUCUAAGAUAAUCUUGUUUCGAUUAACACUUUUUCAAUUGAGUUUGAUUGGCGUUGGGUAGCCUAGACUCAAUGUAUCCAUAAAGAGGAUGUAAAAUUUAUUGGUUGUGCAUGUAAAGAUGAACGAAUGUAUAGGCAUUAAAGAGACAGACAAACUCAAAGUAGAUCCUUGCACUAAAGUG